AUGAAAGCGGCUAAGGACAUUAUAUCAAUUCUUUCAAAGUAUACCCCAUGUGACGUUUCAGACGCAUUGGUUCAAUUUGGGGUCAAGAAUGGAGGCUACAUUCCUAAUCUUAUUCAGAGAUCACCUGCGUUGGCUACUGAUCAAACCCACUCAGCAGCAGGAACUGCCUAUACUGUUCUCUAUGCUCCACUUUCUGAUCCGAGACCAGCAGUGAAAACGCUGUAUAUCGAUGAAAUUCCUGAGGGAAGCAUGUUGGUAAUGGGACUUCCUCUCAGUUGCCAGACGACAAACUCACCGUUCGUCAAGGUGAACAAUGCACUCUAUGGCGGGCUCAUGUCGACCAGGGCAAAGUACAGAGGUGCUAGCGGCUCGGUAGUACUUGGAAGAAUCAGAGAUUUGGAUGAACAUAAUGAAUUGGGUUAUCCAGUGUGGUCCUAUGGCGUAGGAAGUACGGCGCCAGGACCUGUGGUGAAGGUGGUUGGAAUUAAUGUGCCCAUAGAAAUUAAGGUUUCAAGUAUUGAAGAAGAGCAUUCGGUCUUAGUUGUCCAGCCAAACGACUACAUUAUUGCUGAUAAAAAUGGUGUGGUUCGUCUUCCAGUCAACCAUGAAACGGAACACAUUGAUGUGGAAAAAGUACUUGAGUAUAUUCCCAAGAGAGUCGCCGCCGACCAGAAGGUCAGUGAGGACAUCAAGAAUGGCCGUCCAGCAGCAGAGGCCCAGAAAUUCUGGCGAAGUAAAAUAUAA